UUAGCUGACCAAAACAACAAUUGAAAAGCCGACUACUCUAUUAAACGUUGAUGUGAUGUGAAUGAUAAACUCUUUGUAUCUGACCAUGUUAACACUUGCACGCAGUGGUGAUUGAACGUUAUAAGGUCCGUCCAUCUGUCUGCGAGCACAAGCCUAUAACAUUAUGUACUUCGCGAAUUUCGAUGAGUUAACGGUUGUCAAAGAUGUGGUGAAUAUAAACGCAGCAUUAAUGAAUGGUGAAUUUUUUAAAUAACUUACCAUUAAAGCGAGGUGUGAAUUGUUUUUCGGGGAAGAGCAAAUGCAGUUUUUGUUACGGGUUCAAUAAAACAUGUAACGCACCACCCUCAAAGAAACACUUGGUAUUUAUUCGUACAAAAUAUGUGCUUUGGUUUAGAUUUGCCCAACAGACCUUGAAGUGAGAAGUUGUCCAUCAAAAAUAAAGCGGAAGUUGAAGCGAAGAUAAGGACUGAAUAAAUAUUUUGUUAAAAAAAAAAACAACAACAAAAUGAAAUUCCCUGCUUCGCAAAUAUUUUGGAUUAUGGUGCUGACGUUAAUCACUCUUGUCUCCAGUUUAACUACCAGACAAACUGAAAUCAUCCAACAUACGGCUUCUGAUACCGAAAAGGAAGGCUUCUGGGCGCACAAGGAAACAUGGAAAUCACGUUGGGUCAAAUAUUGGCGUGCCAAAACAAUUUAUGUUCCCGUUUGGAAGAAAGUUUGGACACCGCUUAUACAAAAUGAAUGGGUCCCAUUGCCAAAUUCACCUCCGGGCUGGUCAAAAAGUGAAAACGAACAUAAAAUAAGUGAAAUAGAAUAUUGAAAGAAGUUUCUGCUAAAAAAAGUUUCAUUGAAAAAAUAUUCAAUUUAAUUGAAUGUGUGUUCCCAAGUAGCUUAAUUAAAACUUGCCAUAAUUUAAAUAAAAUAUCACUAAUUUUAUAUAAA